AUGGGCUGGCAGAAUUUUGCACCGGAAACACCUCGAUUACCAACUCUUGAAUUGAUCAUUGUCGGUAUUAUGCCUCUUUGCCUCAUGGUUUGUGGCACAAUUGGUAACCUGUUAUGUAUUAUGGUGCUAUUGUCUAAACUGCGACGGGAGGCUUCCCGUAAUAGUCACCGAGUAUCGACCAAUGUUUAUUUAAUCUGGUUAUGUUUCUCUGAUAGCAUAUCAUUGUAUCAAUUCAGUCUAGAUAAUUCAGUCGCAAAUUUAACUGGUAAAAGUAUAAUGAGUCGUUCGUUGGUCACAUGUAAAUUACUCGAGUUUUUUGGUUAUUAUACUCUACAUUUACCAGUUGUUUAUUUAACAAUGGCUACUAUUGAUCGUACAUUCAUGUUAUGGUCACCUGCAUACAAACGAAAAAUAGCACAUCCAAAACAAGCAUGGAGAAUAUGUAUCUCAAUAGCUAGCAUAUUGCUGCUAACAGACUGUUUCUUACUUGCUUUAGGGUACGUAGAGGCUGAUGGUACUAUUCAAUGUUUUCAGUCAAGAAAUGCCGCAUUAUACAGGGCGUUUCUUUUAUUUCUAACCUGGUUUCAUCUAGUCUUGAUGACUAUGGUACCAUUUGCUGUCAUGGGGAUGUGCACAUUGCUAACAAUCAUUAAAUUAGUUCGCUUACCACGAGUAAAUGAAGCAUCAUAUUUGCGCAAUAAACGAAUCGCAAUCAUGUUAGCGUGCAUGUGUAUUACCUACAUUUUAUUGACGUUACCAAACCGCAUGGUGUUUAGUGUAUUAACUCCGCUUGUGGAAACCUCAAUAGGAGCAAAUGUAAUAUUCUCAUUAGCGGAUUCUCUUACUUAUUUAGCAAGUUCAUUAAAUUGUCUCUUCUUAUCCGUUAGUGUCAAAGGAUUUUGGUCAGAUUUAUGGAGCUUAUUUACCAUGAACAAACUUCGUUCACGUACAACAGAGACGAUUUCUGCUACAUUAUCUUAA